AUGGCCGACAUCGUUUCAAUGUUUCGGGAGAUCCGAAUCCACCCAGAUGACGCUGACCUCCAGCGUAUCUUAUGGCGGGCGGACCCGUCUGAGGAAGUCCGCGAUUACCGUCUUACCACCGUCACCUAUGGGACGGCUUCAGCGUUCUUGGCCUUGCGGACACUAAGGCAGCUGGUUCAGGACGAAUCAUCCCGGUUUCUGAGGGGAUCGGAAGUUCUCGGUCGCCACUCCUAUGUGGAUGACAUUCUUGCAGGUGGUGACUCUCUCGAUGAGGUCAGGGACGUCCAGGAGCAACUGGCUGCGCUCUUGCGCGUAGGGGGGUUCGCCUUGAGCAAGUGGGCCUCCAAUUGGAGAGAUCUGUGCCCUCGCUCGGAUCAAGAGGAGAGAUUGUUUUCUACUGAGGAGGCGGUGGGCGCCCUGGGAGUCAUCUGGAACCCUCAGAGUGACACUCUCGCCUUGAGAGUGUUCCCGUUUGGGGACUCACGCUCUGAGGUACCAUUGGCCAUGACCAAGCGAGGAGCACUUUUGGUAAUAGCCAAACUCUUUGACCCUUUUGAAUGGGCGGCACCGGUCCUCGUAUUUGCCAAGAUUUUUCUUCAGGAUUUAUGCCUGACCGGAUGUGGCUGGGAUGAUCCACUGCCCACGGAGCUGACACAGUCGUGGCAGACCUUCCAAGCGUCUCUGCAACAAUUGGAGGACGUCCGCUUGCUUCGUUGA